CAGCACAUGGCGGACAGCGACGACGAACAUGAACGUGGGCGGCGUGGAAGCAGGGACAAAUUUCGACGUGAACGCAGUGACUACAGUAGUCGCUCUAGAUCAGGUCGGGACGACUGGGAGCGGCGACGAAGCGAUCCUGGCUGGGGAGAUCGCGACAGAGACAGAGGAAGACGCAGAGACCAUAGAGAAUAUGACGGAGGACAAAGAAGAGGACGACGCGACAGAUCGCCGCCGUAUAAAAGAAUGAAACGAGACUGGGAUGAUGUGUUUUAUCGUGAUUAUGGAAUGCAUUUCUCGCCACAUAUGUCACAUCCAGCACCGUGGAAUCAUCCAAUGAUGGAUGGUGGAAGAGCAUCUGACCAUGCAGACUACCCAACACAACCCGCCAUGAUGUCAUUUCGUCAAUACCUCAACUCACAGCCUGACGACUUAGAGGAGACCAAAGCAGUCGAGAAGUACACCGAAUACAAACGAGAAUUUAGUCGUAAAAUCGUCACAGAUUUUUUUGAUGCUCACAAGGACGAGGAAUGGCUGCGAGUGAAGUAUCAUCCAGUUGAAAGCAUGAAACAUCAAGAAGAACAAAAGGCUUUCGUACAGCAACGACAGAAAGUUUUCUUUGAGCUCUUGGAGUUGGGGCAGAUUGAUAGAGCAGCAUUAGAUAUUGAAAAUCAAAAUCAGAUCAUCAAAAUACUGAAUGCAGCUGUGAUUUUGCUGGAGGGAGGAUCUGCAUAUGAUUUAAAAUCACUUGAUCAACCAUCUGGCAAUGACCAGAGCAUUUCUGACGACAAGAAGACAAACCAGACACAAGCUACUGAUGACGACACAAAACAAGGAGAUGGAAACAAAACAGAACAAAAAGAUUUAGAAGAGGGUGAAGCAGAUACAACGGCUGACGAGCAAGAAAACAAGAAGGAAGCAAACGAACAGGAACAGACAACGGGAACACAAGAAGAGACAGUGAAGACAACAGAAGAGACAGCAGACAAUAACAAGCAACAGCAAGAGGAGCAAGUAGCAAACGUAACAGAUGAAGGUAAGGAGGGUAACAAGCAACAGCUUUCAACACAGGAGGAACAACGAACUGUAAUGGCAACGGAGACGGUGGAAGACAAAGGGAAAGAAACAUUGGGUGAUGAGAAGAAGGAAGAUGACUUGAAAAUGAGUGAUGAAGCGUCACCAAAGCCAUUGCAUGCAACAAAGUCAAUAUAUAUUCGAACUUUGUCACCAAAUAUUAAGAAGUCAGAUGUUGUUAAGUUUUCUCAAAACAUUCCUGGCUACUUGCGUGUUGCAUUUGCUGAGCCACAGGCAGAGCGAAGGUUUCAUCGUCGUGGGUGGAUAACUUUUUGUUAUGAUGUCGAUAUCAAAGAGAUUUGUUCACAAGUAAACAAUACCAAGGUUGGUGAUUUUGAGUUGAACAUGAUGGUAAAUCGUGACUUCACCAAUCGCGUACGUCACGUCUCGGGUUUCUCCGCCACACGACAACUUGCUCAUCACGAUCUUGAAAAAGCGAUCAAACUGAUACAAUAUUUGGAUGAUCACGUGGGUCUGUGGAAAUCGAAGGAGGGAGACGAAGCCAAUCCGCUGCUGUCCAAGCUAGAAGUAGAAUUGGAGAGUGAGGGUUUGUCUGAUCAGUGGACAAGUGAGGAGGCUGCUGCUUCCAGAAAUGGAAGUCAGAGUGAGAAGGGUGAAGCUGAAGAAGGGGAAGAAAAACAAGAUGUUGUGCCACUUGAACGGAAUAUUAAACUGCUACAAGCUUUAGACAGAGCAUUGCUGUACUUGAGGAUUGUCCAUUCUCUGGACUAUUAUGAUGCCAAAGAAUAUCCAUUUGAGGAUAACAUGCCAAAUCGUUGCUGCAUCUUACAUGUGAGGGGAAUACUGCCAUCUAGAGCCACACAAUCAGAAGUGUUGGAGUAUUGGAAUGCAUUCCAACAGAAGAUUGACGUGUUAUUCAACAAGCACCAACUUGUACCUCUUGCUGAAGCUAAAGAACUCGGUAUGAAAGACCCAGAAAGUGAGGUGCAGGCGUUUAUUAAGAGUAACACGCAGGAGCUGGGGAAGGACAAAUGGCUGUGCCCAUUGAGCGGGAAGAAGUUUCGUGCUCCGGAGUUUGUUGUGAAGCAUAUUCAGAACAAACACGCAGACAAGCUGGAGAAUGUGAAGCAUGAGACUGAAUAUUUGAAUGCUUACAUCCGUGAUCCUAACCGUCCUAACCUACCUCUCCCCCCUAAGACACCCAAUCGUAUGGAUGGUAACUCACGAGGUGAUAUGACAGCCAGUGCACCACCUGGCCCAGGUGGAUGGGGACGACGACCAAUGAUGUAUGGAGCUCCAUUUGGACGUUUUCCAUUAGCACCUGAGAUGUUUGGCAGCCCAAGCUUGAUGAUCCCGAGAAGAGGCCGACAAGAUCCACGAGGCAUUCGGGAUUACCGAGACUUGGACGCGCCAGAAGAAAUGGACGUGUGAACAACUGAAAACUGAAAACGUUUGCCUGUAUGAUCACCUGAUCACUACAUGCAACUCUACCGUCUAAAUUAAUUACGAUUGUUGUUCCUCAGUUAGUGAGGACGCUAGCUCUCGUCCUUGUGAUGAAACUGUUUUAAUAGCAUCUGCCAUUCGCUCAAA